CUCCUCACCUCUCCAUUCUCACAUCUUGGCGUGUUUGUUUGUUUGUUUUUUAUUCAUCCUCCUCUCUUGUCCAUAAAUAAGUAAACAGAAUACUUUUCCUCCUGUCAAUACGCUGCUUUAUUCACGUUAAUCCGACAUGUUUCUGAAUGUUAAUGCCAGUUGGAUUGUGUUUUCUCUGUCCCCUCAGAUGAGUUCGUUCAGUACGAGGGCUCUGACGCUGCUCUCGUCCAUCUUCGGGGCCUGUGGUCUGCUGCUGGUGGGCGUUGCCGUGUCGACGGACUACUGGCUGCUGAUGGAGGAGGGCAUCGUGCUGCAGCAGAACCAGACCACCGAGGUCAAGAUGGCGCUGCACUCCGGCCUGUGGAGGGUCUGCUUCGUGGCCGGACCGGAGAAGGGCAGAUGUGUGGCGUCGGAGUAUUUCACCGAGCCAGAGAUAGAGAUCACGACAGAAAACACAGCCAACAUACUCAAAAUGGUGCGGACCGCCACUCCCUUCCCCAUGGUGUCCCUGCUCUUCGUCUUCACCGCCUUCGUCAUCAGCAACAUCGGACACAUCCGGCCACAGCGCACCAUCCUCGCCUUCGUCUCCGGAAUAUUCUUCAUCCUGUCAGGUCUCAGUCUGGUGGUGGGUCUGGUCCUGUAUAUCUCCAGUAUUAAUGACGAGGUGAUGAACCGACCCAGAGAGCCGGAGCAGUUCUUCCACUACCGAUACGGCUGGUCCUUCGCCUUCGCCGCCUCCUCCUUCCUGCUCAAAGAGGGUGCAGGAGUGAUGUCCGUCUACCUCUUCAUGAAGCGUUACGCUGAGGAGGAGCUGUACCGGCCUCACCCCGCCCUCUACCGCCCCCGCAUGUCCGAGUGCAGCGACUACAGCGGCCAGUUCCUCCACCCGGACUCGUGGCCUCCUCCCCAGCGAGGCCGCAGCGCCUCCGACGUCUCCUCGGACAUCUCCAUCCAGCUCAACCAGACGCCGCCUCAGGCGCAGCCCAAAGGGGGCAGCAGCUCCCAGCCCACGCCCUCCUCCUCCGGGCCUUCAUCCGCCGCCAGCUACCAGCUGCAGGCGGCCUCCUCCUCGUCCACCUCCUCCUCUUACCCUCACCCCCUCCACAUGGCCGCCACCUCCACCCUACCCAGAGGAUCCCACGGCCACGGCCACCCCCACCCCCACCCCCACCCGAGCGGGCCCCCGCCCCAGUCCCUGCCCAUGGGGGUGCCUCCCUCCGCCGUGCCUCCUCCUCGCUACCACACGCACAUGCGAAUGAGCGCCUCGCCAUGCUAGGCUACAUACGCAGCAAAGGGGAAAACACAACCGGGGGGAUUAGAUUGGCUCUGUUACAGCUCUUACACACCACAAGACAAAACACACACACACAAAUCCUGCAUCCUCGGAGUGUGUGGGAGGAGGCAUGCAGCAGAGUGGAUGAAGGAGGGAGGUUUAAGGAGAUCAAAAAGAGGAGAGAGGAGGAAAGAAAAGAGGGGAGGAGGGGAGGAGAAGCAGGUGGGCGGAGGGAUGACUCACUGCUGAUGCGAAGCACGAGACGAAGGGGGACUCUUAACAAAACUUUUAACGCGCUGGGAGGGAACGCGGGCUGGGAGGAGCGAGGGAAACGACGAUUAGUAGCAACAAGACGUUUGUGGGUUUGUGACGGUACAUUCAUCAUCAGGGCCGUGAUACACAGGCAACAGGGUGAAGCAGCACAGCAAACAGGAAGCUGAAUCAUUUCCAAAAAGAACUAAAAAGUCAAACAAUAUAUCCAACUGUCAAGUAUUAUCCUUUCAUUACACCAGGACUAAGGAUACCAGGUUUGAAAGGACUCCUUGGACACGGUUGGGAAGGUUCCUCAAUCACAGUUUUAUUACUUUUGAUUACUUUCUAGAUAAAUGUUGAAAUCACCUGCAUAAGCCUGUAUAUACAAUGUAUAGGUACAAAUAUUAAUAAUGUGCUACAUUUAAGCAUUAAAAAUAUAAAUAUAAUUCCCAUAUUAAAAUUUGAAUGCAUGAAAUCCAAACAGGAUUAUAGAGGAAGAUUGACAGCUCUGCCCCCAUUUAUAAACAAACAUUAUAUUAUGUUCAUUACGUCGUCAUAGAUCAUGUUGUACUAUGUUUAUGUCUUUUUACAUCGUUUACAUCUCAGAAUCUCUAUUUUCUCUCUCUCCUCCUUCUGGGGGGAGAUAGUUGGAGAUAAUAAGAGAUAAAACAGCCUUUAUUGUCAUCAUAGACACCUAUACAAUGAAAUUGUGAGUAUCACAACUGAAGGUGAAUUAGGGAUAAACAAGAAUAAAUCUGUUUAUGAGAAAAAAAACAGAUAAAAUAAAACAUGUAGGGCGGAACAAGUAUGGCUGAUGACGUAAAAAUUAAAUUAAAUUAAAUAAGAAGGACGAGGCAGGAAGCAUAUUGCACAUAUUGAAUGAUAUUGCAUAUUAGAGUUCAGGUAUUGCACAACAUUGCUCUAAGAGUAUUAAAGCAGAAGACAAGUUAAUGACUCAUGUAAGUGUUGAGUACCCACAGGAAAAAAAGCUGUUUUCCAGUCUGUUUGUUCUCCUUUAAGCUAUUAGACCACUGAUGGCGUCGCUUUUACCAAAAAGUGCUAGAAUACACUGCCAGAUUUACUUUGGGGGUCGUUAAUUUACCCAAGCAACCACCAGAACUUUAGCUCCCUGAGUGAAAAGACGCAAGAGAACGUAUGGUUACAUUAUAACCUUGGUUCUCUGAGUGAAGAGACACUAGAGAACAUAUGGGUACAUUAUAACCUUGGGUCUAUGAGUGAAGAGGCGAUAGAGAACGUUUGGUUACAUUGUAACCUUGGUUCUCUGAGUGAAGAGAUGGUAGAGAAUGUAUGGUUACAUUAUAACUUUGGUUCUCUGAGUGAAAAGACGCAAGAGAAUGUAUGGUUACAUUAUAACCUUGGUUCUCUGAGUGAAGAGGCACUAGAGCACGUAAGUUUACAUUGUAACCUUGGUUCUCCGAGUGAAGAGACGAUAGUUACAUUGUAACCUUGGUUCUCUGAGUGAAGAGACACUAGAGAAUGUAUGGUUACAUUGUAACCUUGGUUCUCCGAGUGAAGAGACACUAGAGAACGUAUGGUUAUAUUGUAACCUUGGUUCUCUGAGUGAAGAGUCAAUUUACUAUCCAUGUCACCGCAGAGGUUCAUACAUAGAAUAUAAGAAACAUUCAUAUAUAUAUUUAUUUAUUCUUUUUACUAGCAUUUAUUACUUUUUUUUAAAAUAAUAUUUGCAUGGAAAUAUGAACUUCCUACAUGCUGAAAACAAAGAUUUCACAUCCACAAAUUAAGAGUAACCUCAUAUUUAUAUUAUGAGGUUACUCUUAUGAGUUAUUGCAACUAUAAUUUUUUUGUCACAUUUAUUUUGCAAGUUAAAAUCUAUUUAUCCAACAAAACACCAUCUGUGGCUUCCCAACCCUGUCCAAGACAAACCAUAUGAAAAAACAAACAGGAAAAAUGCCAAUAUGAUGAGGAUUGUCUAUAUCAUUAACAAUUGCUUACAACUUUUGCCCAUGUACCAUGACCUACAAACACAACUAUUAUAAACACAAUCAGAGAUUUAAAAAAAAAUGUAUAUGCAUAGAGUUUAUACUUCCACUGUAUAGAAAUUCUUCUUCUCCCUCAUGCUAAAACAACCGUUCCAACAAUGUAAUCCCAUACGUCCAUCAUGGGGUGUAAAUAUUACAGUAUGUUUUAGGUGUUUUAGCUAUUGAAUUUUCUAAGCUGUUUGUAUUUUGAGAGGGAAGCUUUGGGGAUGAAUGUUCAACAUUUUGUGGGAUGAAAAAAAGAGACUUUUUAAA